CUCAAUAAAUAGGAAUCUAACCAAAAGAUGUCGAAAACAGUACACGUGCCCUAAACUUAAAAUUACGAACAAAUGUAGGCUACGUGUAUGGCCGAUUACGAGGCAUUGAGGUUAUGCUUUUAUUUUAACAUUAUUUUUGAGUUAUUAUAAAGCAGAAUCUCAAAAUGCCUCCAACGUUGAAUGGAUAUGAUUUAUGGAAGAAAAAGCUUAACUGUGCCAAGUACAUUGUUGCCCCAAUGGUGGACCAGAGUGAAUUGGCGUGGCGACUUCUCAGUCGAAAAUACGGUGCUGAACUCUGCUAUACGCCCAUGUUGCAUGCAUCGGUGUUUGUCAAAGAUGCUAGAUACAGGCGAGAAAACAUAAUUUCUUGUGAAGAAGACAGACCAUUAAUUGUUCAGUUUUGUGCCAAUGAUGUUGAGACACUUGUGGAGGCUGCUCGGCUCUCUCAAGGAUUUUUUGAAGCUGUUGAUUUGAACCUUGGUUGCCCACAAUCAAUUGCUAAACGAGGGCAUUAUGGAGCAUUUCUUCAAGAAGAAUGGGAUUUACUUCAUUCUAUGGUUAAUAAGGUCUAUAAAGAAUUGGAAAUACCUAUCACUUGCAAAAUUAGAGUGUUUCCUGAGAUAGAAAAAACUGUAACAUAUGCACAAAUGCUGGAAGCUGCUGGCUGUCAGUUGCUGACUGUUCACGGAAGAACGAAGGAACAGAAAGGGCCAUUGACAGGGUUAGCUAGCUGGGAACACAUCAAAGCCGUGAAAAAGAAUGUUAGUAUUCCUGUGUUUGCAAAUGGAAAUAUACAGUAUCUUGUUGAUAUUCAAAGAUGCUUAGAAGAAACUGGUGUGGAUGGUGUAAUGAUUGCAGAGGGAAAUUUACACAAUCCUGCCCUUUUCCAUGGUAUCAGUCCACCUGCCUGGAAAAUGGCUCUUGAAUACUUGGAAUUUGUCAAGAAAUAUCCAUGUCCAUUGUCAUUCGUUCGUGGCCAUCUCUUUAAAUUAUUUCAUCAUAGUCUAGUUUUACCUGAAAAUGAAAACCUUCGAGAUGAUUUAGCUAAAGCCAGUUCUUUGGAAUCGUUUCUUACAGUUGCUUUAAAGAUGAAAAAGAAAUAUGAGGAUAUGAAAGAUGAUGUCCAUUCUACACUUCCUUUCCCACCAUGGAUAUGCCAACCAUAUGUUAGACCAAGCCCUGAAGAAACUCUUCGGAAACAGCAGAUAAUUCGUGAUCAACAGCAACGGCAGCUUAAUGAAGAUGCUGUUGUAAAUGGUGGGUUUGCUGCACAGAAGCGUCCUUAUGAAGAAAACCAAGAUAAAUCUUUAUCCAAGAAGAAACUAAAAAAAUUGAAAAGGAAUCCAAAAAAGAAGUUUGGCCAACAAAAAGAAGCAUUCUUUAUGUGCUUAAAGUGUCCUAAUCCUAAAGGUACUAAGUGCGAUUAUAUGCUCUGCAAAGGUUGCUGUCGACAGAAAACACACACAGAGGUUCUAGACUGUUCAGGACACAGAUUCUCCUUCAAGACUAAACUGUUACAACAAGAUAAGGAGACAGCAGGUAACCCCACCUUACAUAAAACAGAGCUUUCACAGGUUUCAAGUAAACAAGAACUUGUCAAAAACUGUCAGGAGAAAACCCUCAAUAUUGAUGAACUUGUCUUAUCGGAUACUAACAGUGAACGUAAAUGUGCUGUUGAGGAAACUUUAUGACGAAGCUUUUAUAUAGUUUCUUGUCAGUUUUAAUGAAAAUAUCUUAUUUGUCAAGUUAAUACAUAAAUGAACAUGAAUUUUGAAAAUAUACAGUUGCAUUAAGUGACUGGCAAAAUCUAAAUGAAACUUUCCACUUUGCUAACUGUUUUUAUUUUCAGUUCUGCAGAAUUAUUUUUAGUUAUAUAAUCUGGUUUAUGCACUAAUAAAUUAUGUUUUUAUUGACAAAUUUGACCAUGUAUAGUUCCUUUGAGGCCUUCAGUUUAUCACCGAUUUUAUACAAAAAUGGCUUAAGUAUAAAGUUGAAUGUUUUGUGA